CUUUUCUUUGAGUGUGAUUAUGCGAGAGCACUUUGGCGAGCCUCUGGAGUCCCUGACCCAACGAUUCUAUCAACUAUAGCUUCACUUGAAGAUAAAAUCAGGGCGAUCUGUCACCUUAACACUUCAUCCCGAACAAGACACCUCAAGCAUUUACCAAUUUGGAUUAUGUGGAGACUUUGGAAGAGUAGAAACAUCCUUUAUUUUCAAAGAAAGCACAUUCCCUGGAUGAUGAGCCUCAAGUUUGCAAGGGAUGAUGCAAAAGAAUGGAUGGAGAUGAAAGUUGCGCAUAACCCAGGAGAUAUUCAACCUCAACAACCAGAGACCAAUCCGGCUAGAUACCAAAACUGGCAGCCUCCGGCGAUAGGUUGGCUAAAAUGCAACUAUGAUGGAUCAUUUGUGAGUUCUAAUUUGCCUGCAAAGAGUGGAUGGAUCAUAAGAGAUCACAACAGAGUAUAUAUGGGUUCGGGUCAAGCUAUGGGGGGUGUACUAAAUGAUGCUAUGGAAUGUGAGCUACAGUCCUUAAUCAUUGCUAUGCAACAUUGUUGGACUAGAGGUUAUCAGCGAGUUUGUUUUGAAGGAGACAAUCAAGAAGUGGUCAAGUUAAUCAACGGUACCAAGAUAAACUUUGGGUCCUAUAACUGGAUACGUGAAGUGAAGAGAUGGAAGAUGAAGUUUGAUGCGGUUGAAUUCAAGUGGAUCAACAGGUCCUGCAACAAACCUGCAGAUAUAUUAGCCAAGAAGGAGAUUCCAAAUAAUAGUUCUUUUUUCUUUCAUUCUCUGAUUCCCCGUGUAAUUUCUGAUGUUUUACAAUGUGACUAUUACUCUUAUCAUUAAUCAAAUAAAGCAGCUGUUAA